AUGGAGCUGAGCCUGGAGAGCCUGGGGGGCCUGCACGGCGUGGCCCACGCGCAGGCGGGCGAGCUGCUGAGCCCGGGCCACGCGCGCUCCGCGGCGGCGCAGCACCGCGGCCUGGUGGCGCCCGGGCGCCCGGGCCUGGUGGCCGGCAUGGCGAGCCUCCUGGACGGCGGCGGCGGCGGCGGGGGCUCCGGGGGCGCGGGCGGCACGGGCGGCGCGAGCGGCGGCGCCGACUUCCGCGGGGAGCUGGCGGGCCCGCUCCACCCGGCCAUGGGCAUGGCCUGCGAGGCGCCCGGCCUGGGCGGCACCUACACGACGCUCACGCCCCUGCAGCACCUGCCGCCUCUCGCGGCCGUGGCCGACAAGUUCCACCAGCACGCGGCCGCCGCGGCGGUGGCCGGGGCGCACGGCGGCCACCCCCACGCCCACCCGCACCCGGCGGCCGCGCCGCCCCCGCCGCCCCCGCCGCAGCGCUUGGCGGCCAGCGUGAGCGGAAGCUUCACCCUUAUGCGCGACGAGCGCGCCGCGCUCGCCUCCGUGGGCCACCUCUACGGGCCCUACGGCAAGGAGCUGCCCGCCAUGGGGUCCCCGCUGUCGCCUCUGCCCAACGCGCUGCCGCCCGCCCUGCACGGCGCCCCGCAGCCCCCGCCGCCGCCGCCGCCGCCUCUGGCUGCCUACGGUGCGCCGAGCCACCUGGCCGGGGACAAGCUGCUGCCGCCCGCCGCCUUCGAACCGCACGCCGCGCUGCUGGGGCGCGCCGAGGACGCUCUGGCUCGCGGGCUGCCCGGAGGCGGCGGCGGCGGCGGCGGCGGCGCGGGCGGCGGGGGCACCGCGGGGCUGCUGGCGCCGCUGGGCGGGCUGGCGGCCGCCGGGGCGCACGGGUCCCACGCGGGCGGCGGUGGCCCGGGCGCGGGAGGCGGCGGCCCCGGGGCGGGCGCCUCGGCCGAGGAGAUCAACACCAAGGAGGUGGCGCAGCGCAUCACGGCCGAGCUGAAGCGCUACAGUAUCCCGCAGGCCAUCUUCGCGCAGCGCAUCCUGUGCCGCUCCCAGGGCACGCUCUCCGACCUCCUGCGCAACCCCAAGCCGUGGAGCAAGCUCAAGUCUGGUCGGGAGACCUUCCGCAGGAUGUGGAAGUGGCUGCAGGAGCCCGAGUUCCAGCGCAUGUCGGCGCUGCGCCUCGCAGCCUGCAAGCGCAAGGAGCAGGAGCAGCAGAAGGAGCGCGCGCUGCAGCCCAAGAAGCAGCGCCUGGUGUUCACCGACCUGCAGCGGCGCACGCUCAUCGCCAUCUUCAAGGAGAACAAGCGGCCGUCCAAGGAGAUGCAGGUCACCAUCUCGCAGCAGCUCGGCCUGGAGCUCAACACCGUCAGCAACUUCUUCAUGAACGCGCGGCGCCGCUGCGUGAACCGCUGGGCGGAGGAGCCGGGCGCCGCCCCCGCGGGCCCCGCCGCCGCAGCCACCUUCUCCAAGGCCUGAGCCCGCGCCGCCACCACCCCCCGCCCCGCCCGGCCCUCGGGGGGCCCGCUGGAGGGGUGCAGCCCGCGUCCCCCAGCCCAGUGCACAAGAAGGGCCCCUCCUCCCCCGCCUCCCGUCCCCCCCAGGCCAAAGGGAGCCCUCCACCCCCCCCAGACGGGAGGGGGUGGCCGAAGGGGCUCCCCAGCUCCCUGCAUCCGGGACGCCCGGAGGGCCCCAGGGAGAGCCUGGGCUCGCCGCAGCGUCCCCGAAAGCGGGUCAAGAAGCACAUACGAGAAAUAUAAACCGGGUAUUUGACAGAAGGAAUUCGGAGAGCAAGCUCUCCCGCGCCAGCCCUCCUCCCCCGGCCCUGUCCGCCCUGAAGUCUCCAAAGCCUCCGCGUCGCGCGGGGUCCUCGCAGCGCCCGCCCGCACAGCGACCAGCCCGCCGGCAGAGCCGCCCCCGGCCGCCAGGGUUCCUCGUGCCAAGAGCCGCCUGCCUUAACGUCCGGCGCGGGGCUGCCCGGGGACGGGCCGGAGCGGGCGGCCG